AUGACGUACAAGCAAGCAGCCCAAUCCCCACAGUGGAUUUCUACCAUGACCGAAGAAAUACUUGCUCUUAAACAAAAGGGCACGUGGUCGCUUGUCCCUCCCCCAACCAACGAUCCAAUUCUUGGUUGCAAAUGGACUUUCAAAAUCAAGACUCUUCCAAACGGAUCUAUUGAUCUUUACAAAGCACGCUUGGUGGCUCAAGGAUUCAAUCAUACACAAGGCGACAACUACAAUGAAACCUUCAGCCCUGUCACGAAGAUGACAACCAUCAGAAUGCUUCUCACCCUUGCUCUUCAUCGCAACUGGUCCACUCUACAACUCAAAGUAUCCAAUGCAUUCUUGCAUGGCGAUCUCAUAGAAAAAAUCUAUAUGCAUCAACCACCAGGCUUCAUCGACCCCUAA